GAACUCCAGAAGAGUACCAAAGGGACAACAACAACAUUAGCACACAUUUCAGUUUGGCAUCAUUACUGCACAUUAAAGCAACACCAUGGAACUUUUGGCACUCUAGCGGUUAAUAAACAAAACUGCAUGCGUCUUGCGAAAGAAUACUGUAACUGGAACUACUUCUCUCUGUUUAUGUAUAUGAUGAGUCAUGCAGAUACUGGGCUACUCUGCAGCGGUGCCGACCUGACCGGUCUAAAAUAGUCUGAAUAUAAACACUUAUUAUAUUUGUACCAUAGUGAUACAGGAUAAGACAAAAACACGGUUUGGAAAAUGGAUUCAUGAUGUACUUGCUCAUUAUAUACAUUUUGUAAAAUCUGAACACAAAAAGUUACACAGUGCAGCUUUAACGCAUGAGCAGGGGUGCAAAUAAGUAGUACGCAGGUGCGCAUGCGCAGUAAAAAAAAAAAACCAAAAAAAACGAUGCGCACCAGAAAACAUGGAGGGAAGCGCUUUUGAGUACCAACAUUUUUGAGGACCGGUUCACAGGGACACGUUUACAUACUGGAGUAGUAUUUUUCUCCAUCUCUGAUUCUUCAGGUUCUGAUAUGUGUCCAUUGGGUCAGUUUCCGUGUGGGAAUCUGUCGGUGUGUUUGCCUCAACCUCAGCACUGCAACGGGCAGCAGGACUGUCCUAACGGAGCGGAUGAAGAGAACUGCGUGGAUAACAGUGGUUGGCCCCAUCUGUUUGAUGCAUUCAUGAAAACAAGGGUCCAGGAGUCGAAAGAAUGCAUGUUAGAUGUCUAUCCAGAUGUGUGUCAUUGUGAGGGUCGGAAGGUGAACUGUAAUGGCAAAAACCUCCUCCAUGUACCUGCUGUGUCAUCUAAUGUAACUGCACUAGAGCUGAACAGUAACAGAAUUGAAUCUCUCUCUCGUGAUCUGUUCAUCCGCUAUAGACACCUGGAGAGACUACAUUUGGAAAGUAACAGUAUAGAAAUUAUCUCCAAGAGGGCGUUUUCAGGACUGAUCUCUUUGCGUAAACUUUUUUUGAGUCAAAAUAGGAUUGCGUCUCUAAAAGCUGGAAUAUUUGGUGACCUCAGCAGUCUGGAGUGGCUGAUUCUGGACGAGAACAGAAUAUCAUCCCUGCGUCAAAAGUCUUUUGAAGGCCUGAAAUCAUUAUUUUUCCUGUCUUUAUUAAAUAACUCUGUUGAACAGUUUCCUAAAACCUCGAUUUGCCUUGAGAUGCCCCGUCUGAACUGGUUGGAAAUGGAGGGUAAUAGAAUUUCAUCUCUCUGGGCAUCAAGUUUUAAGAAUUGCUCCUCUCUCACUGUCUUAGCAUUGAGGAGAAACCACAUCAGCACCAUUGAGGAGGGAACAUUUGCAGACAUGCAAAGAUUGAUAGACCUAGACGUGUCUGUGAACCAGAUUAAAGACCUGCCUCCAUCUCUGUUCCAGAACCUCCAGAACCUCAAACAGCUGAAUAUCUCUAACAAUCCCCUGGAACACAUAUACAGCAAUCAAUUUGCCAGUUUGGUGAAUCUGCAGUCACUGAGUAUGGAAGAGGUGGAGAUUCCCAACAUCAGUAUCAGGAUGUUCCGGCCCCUAACUAACCUCACUCACAUUUAUUUUAAGCGUUUUGAAUUCUGUGGAUAUUCUCCCAACGUGCGGAGCUGCAAGCCAAACACAGACGGAAUCUCGUCCUUUGAGAAUCUGCUAGCAAACAUCAUUCUGCGCGUGUUUGUCUGGGUCGUCGCCUUCAUCAUUUGCUUCGGAAACAUCUUCGUCAUCUGUCUGCGGUCCUGUAUUGCUUCAGAAAAUCAACAUCACACCAUGGCCAUCAAAUCCCUCUGCUGUGCAGACUGUCUAAUGGGCGUGUAUCUGCUUUUCAUCGGUGCCUUUGAUAUCAAGUAUUGCGGCGAGUACAACCGCCAUGCUCAGAUAUGGAUGGAAAGCCUGUCCUGCCAGCUGAUUGGCUCUCUGGCCAUGUUGUCCACAGAGGUAUCCGUCAUGAUGUUGACCUACAUGACAAUAGAGAAGUACCUGUGCAUCGUCUUCCCAUUCCAGCAUUACCGUGCUGGACGUAAACAGACACUCUGCUCACUGACCUUCAUCUGGCUGCUAGGAUUUAUCAUUGCCGUUAUUCCCUUCUGGGAUAAACAGACAUUUGGGAAUUUUUAUGGGCGGAACGGAGUGUGUUUCCCACUUCAUUCAGACCAGACAGAGAAACCUGGUGCCAGAUGCUAUUCUACAGCCAUCUUUCUCGGUCUGAAUCUGCUGGCUUUCGUGAUGAUCGUAUUCUCCUACUCCAGUAUGUUUUACUCUGUCCAGAAAACGGCGAAGACAGCGCGGCAGACAGUAUUUGAUCGGGAGGUGACUAUUGCAAAGCGAUUUUUCUUCAUUGUGUUCACUGAUGCCAUGUGCUGGAUCCCCAUCUUCCUCUUGAAGAUACUAUCACUGCUAAGAGUACACAUUGCAGGUACCAUCAUUCUGUGGGUGGUGAUUUUUAUCCUUCCAAUAAACAGCGCCCUGAACCCCAUCCUGUACACUAUCACAACCAGCGCUUUUCAGCAGAGACUCAAACAGUGUCUGAAAUAUCGCUGCCAGCAGACUAACUGACACAAACACACACUAUGCAUAAGCACAUGCUCUGAGAUUAAUAUUCCAUGUGGAAUAAAAUGUUAAUAGAUGACAGGAUAAUGACCACACACACACAUACACACACAAUGCUCUCAUCCUCAGCACAAGCUAAUAAGGCUUAUAAGAGCCUGCAGGGGUGAAGAAAUGAGAGCAAACACGACCACAUUAACCAGCAGACCAUCAUAAACAAUAUGUACUUAUGCAAUUAAUAUGUAAUACCAAGCCUUAUUUGAAAAACAAAGAAAUUACACGCAAACCUAAGAAACUUCAAUACUGCCAUACAGACCUGGAGCAGUGCAUGCGUACGCAGGGAAAGCCAAACUCUGCGACUGUCAGAGGAACAGGCAGAAAAGAGUUCAUGAUGGACCCGGUGGGCUGAGGAUUGGAACACUUCCGACUGAUUUAAUUGAAUUUUUGUUUGCUUGUGUGGAUGUGUAAGGAAAACAAAGAGGCAAAGACGGCAGUUGCAUACUGUCAGGAUAGAAAAUGUCCAGAGAGACCAAAAAAUAUAUGUGGAGAGAAAGGAAUGGAUAUAGAAAAGAUUUAACAAUGAAAGAUCACUCUAAAACCAAUCAUAGCACUUAAUCCGUGAAAAAUACAAAGAAAUACAGAUCAUUAUGGUGUUCACGUUGGUAUGUCAAAUGACAAAUUUGUUCCAGAUUGCUGUUAUUAAGAUUACAUGACUAUUAUUGUGCGAGUCUAUUAUUUAUGAAACUCACGGCUUUCAUUUGUCUGCUGUAAUUUGUCAGUUGUCUACAAUAUGUAAAAUGAAUGUAAAACCCAAAUAAUUCCAAUGAAUAAAUUAUAAUUACUUCAUUAUAUUUCAUUACACAA